AUAGGGAUGGCGGACCAAGAACUACAAAUAGUGGGAAUAUGCGGGACGAUGGCCGCACGAAUUGAACGGGUGGAUUGCACCGCUGCGCAUAGCAAUGAGCGAUCGCAUGGAUAGAAUCGCUGAAAUGUUUACCAAUACGUUCGUCCACGUGCAUGCGGUGCAGACACGACCGACUACAUUCCUGUGUUCACAGGCAUACCGCGCAGGUAUUUUAACGGUGUUGUACGUGGUGUGCUGUGGAUAGAACGAUGUGCACCGCUCAUCAGGAAUGCGUGCGUAAAACGUGUACGCUGUUGCUUGGCUGUUUAAACCGGUCUUUAAAGGACCCUCCACGUUUUGAUGCGCAAUGACCGAAAUUAACGAAUUGAUUGCACUUUUGAGACAAAAGCGGGGAAAGAAUGAAAAUGAGGAGAAUAGCGCAGGUGAAGGAUUAUUGAUGGUGAAAGGUGAAGGAUUAGUGACGGGUGCAAGGGAUGAGGAGGAGAAAAGAGCAGAGAAAAAUACGAAUGUAAUUACAGCAGAAAAUGCGAUAAAGAAGGAAAGUAUCGAAUUGGAUAAGCAAAUCAGUGAGGAGAGUUCUUUAGGGGAGGUAAUUGAUGAAUUGGAAGCAAUGAUAAGUGAUGAGAACGUGAUGGAUGAGUUGGACGAAGAGAGCGGAGGUAUGGAAAGUGAAAGCAUUGGGAGUGGUGUGAAUGAAGGAAGCAUAGGUGCGGAAGAGGGAGUGUGUGAUAAAGAGAAUGAGGAGGGGAGUGGUAAAGAGAAUGGUAAAGAGAGUGGUAAAGAGAGUGGUAAAGAGAGUGGUAAAGAGAGUGGUAAAGAGAGUGGUAAAGAGAGUGGUAAAGAGAGUGGUAAAGAGAGUGAGGAGGGGAGUAUUGAUACGGAUGAUUUGAGUGCUACUGAGUUAAACAGCGAAGAGCUCAAUCAGAAGAAAGAAGGAGAAGAGCAUGGUGAGGAAAAGAGAAGUGAACGCGAUUUAGGUGGAGUGAUUGCUGAUGGGGGUGGAGAGGAUGGGCACGUAGAGAUGUAUCUGCCGGUUAGUACACGUGGAGAACGCGCAGAGAUGGACCCACCCGUAGAAACACGCACAUCAUCACCUAACAUAAGUUCAGUGCACAGUCACCCAAACAUACGCACCCAGGAUGAUCCAUCAAUACGGGUGAAUAUGCAGCGCUUGAAAGACAUAACACACGAAAACACGACCACUAUCCAAAAAAUAAAAGAAAGCGAUUGCUACGCCGUGCACCGUCUGGCAGUGCUCGUAGCUAAAAUUGAGUAUUUUAACGCUGAGGUAAGCAACAUCAAAUUUAUGGAUGACACGGGCACGAUAGGUGCUGUAAUUGAGAACGAUGUGCUGAAUGAGAUGAGGAUGUGUGAGGGUGAUGUUGUUGUGUUGGGUGAUGUGAAGGUGUGGAGGAUUGGCGAGGUGCAGCUGAACGUUGUGGAGAAGAACUUGGUGAAAAUUGAGGAGUGGGGAUGAACUGAGAGGUGGUAUUUGGUACUGUGCUUGCACGAAAUGAAGAGCACAGACAGGAUCUGAAAAGUGUGCUCCUAAGGUCGCAACCGGUAAAUAAACAGCAAUUCGCAU